AUGGACGGGGUUGCUGCAGGUAUCAGGCGCUCUGCCCUGGAGAAGCUCGCGACCUUGGCCGUCAAGUCGCCUGCCCGCGAUGGUUCCGAACUGGAGCGCCUCGCCCAGCAGUCGCGCCCGACCCGCCAGGAUGGAGCUCUGAAUGGCGUCUUGCGCGACCAAGCUCCAGCAUCCCGAGUGCCGAUGGGAAUUCGUGAACUUGAUGUCCUGCUCGCUCUCAGCAAGGCCGCCUCAUCGGUGAAUGAGCCCGAACACGCCUCGCGACUGGCUUUUCAGCUCUCGCAAUACUUGCCCGAAUCUCACAGCCAGCUAUUUCGGCCGUCCCCCUUCCUCCAGAGCGUAAAACCGUCCCCUUCCGAGGCUCUCACCAACAACCUGACUCUCGGUCUUCUGUCGUUGGCCACCAGACACCAGUCUCUGCGGAAGAUAGCCGUGGAUGCAGCCAAUGCGUAUCUGAAUAAUUGCGCUGCGGCAGUCAAGGCUGCCACGCCCUUCUCAUAUUCGAAAUCCGAGUCUGGUGGGAAGGGUGUUGUGCACGACUCUAUGACAAUCUUGUCGGUUGCAGUCUCUUUGGUUGGCUUUUUGGAUGCCGCGUCAAAAUUUACCGGUGUCUGGAAUGCCAUUGAGAAGCUCCAAAUCGUCGAUCACAUGCGGGCCAUGUUGUCGGAGUCGUUCAUGAUUGCAGUCGAGACGGCUUCCUCCACCAUCCGGAACACGAGUUCCGUAGACAAUGCCUUUAAGAACUGGAGAAAGUAUACCAGGCGAUAUGCCGCCCACGGUCGCCCGCUGAGUGCGAUGCUCGUGCAAGAGGGCUUCAUGCGGUUUGUCAAGUCCUGCGCGGCAUCUCUGAUCGGUCUGCAAACCCUGUCGGAUGACCAGCUUCUCGACGAUUACAUGAACGGUGUCGGCAUUGCUAAGAGCUACGACGAGACAGACAGGGCUUUGGUUGAGCGGAUCACCGACAUUAUCAGCGAGGAGAUUCACUUGCUCGAGGACGGUUCGGACUACCUCAAAGUAGGCUCACCGUGGCAGCAACGGCUUGCUUUCUCGGUGAAAGGAUGUGCGUUGGUUGGCUUUUUGAACUGCGUGGUCCUUGGUGAAGACGCAACCAACAAUGACACUCUCCUGUCCUGGCUUGAGGAUACCCUGAUCGAUGCCAACCAGAUGGCAAGCACGGAGCUGGCCGUGACCACUCUCAAAUGCACCGCAAUCCUGGCAAGGAUGUCUUCCAAUGGCGCAUCAUUGGGGAGAAAGAGUCUCCUGCGGUUCUUGAUUCAGAGUGGCAUAUCGACCGGGUCUGUGGUCGCCGUCGCCGCCCGGUGCUUGGCUCAGGUGGUGGGAAUUCUUUCCGAGGAUGCCGUGAUCACCACCCUUUACUCUCUGGGCAAUGCGCUGAGCCCCCGUCCCAAUGCAGACAAGGAUCAACUCACUCGCGAACAGAAGACUGAGAGCCUGAUCUCUCUCCCUGUCGAUGGUGACGAAGACACGAUCACUCACAGGAAUGUCGUUCAUGCCAUCGUGACAGUUGCAAAUAGUUGUGAAGACGACAAGAUUAGCGCCCUAGCGCAGUCCAUGCUUUUGCAAAAGGUGGGUAAGAUCAAUGUGGCCGUGGAUGCCUACAUCAUCCAGGAAACUGCCGUGCUAGCUUUAAGCAGCGGACAGGCCGAGUUCCAGCUUCUGCUCAAAUUCUAUAACCGAAUCUAUGUCGAUGGGGUCAACAAAAGCUUGGACAUUAUUCUGGACGCAGUUCAAUGUGCCAUGUCGUCUCUCUCUGUGAACCUGGAGCGAAAUUCGCCCCUCCGCAGACUUUACCUGAUUCAUCUACUGGAGAGCAUUGUCAACAAGGGCGAUGUUCCCGAUCUGGAGAGUGAACGCCACAAGGAAAUUAUUUUCUCGCCUAAUGACAUUACCCCUCUGUUGAAACCGUUGGCAUUGCUUGUCUCCUCAGGGCUGUCCGAGUCUGCAGGCGAUUACGAUGAAUCUAUCACAUCGUUAUUCCGGGAUGCAUGGUUCAACCUCGCCAUUCAUGGAAUCUCACUUAAUUCGAAAAUUGCCGAAGCCCAUUGGAAGGAACUGCGGCUGCUGGCGAAAUACUCUCCACCAUUGCUUGCCGAAGACCGUAUGGAGUCUCUAGAGAGUGAUGUGGAACUUAACACGGUACUCAGACGGGGCUCGGGGCCCCAGCGAACGACGGAGCUGAAAAAGACUCUGAUUUCUGAACUGCCUGGUCGUGAAUCGGACAUCAAGCGUCUUGACUAUCCGCGAGCCAUCUUUCUUAAUGCUGUGCUGCUCGUUGAAAGUCUGCGUGCGGUCUCUGGGAACUGCACCAGGAUCCUGAGUUAUUUCCUUGACCCAGCCCUAGCCACCCCGGAGAUGGUCAUGUGUAUGAACGCUAUUGCAGAGAAAGGGGUCAAAUCCUACUUGUUCCUCACCCUUUCCGGAGAACAUGACGAUUUUUCGGCCUCGUACUUAUCGAACCAACUGGCUGAGUUCCUGGUGGCAUGCUGCCAUCGCAUCGAACGAGUUCAGAGCAUUGCAGUGCUAUGUGCUGAUAAGAUCAUCCGGGAAUGCCCUUCUGCGCUAUGUGAGAAGCAAUCUCUCUUCGCUUUGCUUGAAAUCUUGACCGUGAUGUGGUCAUCAUGCCUACAGGGAGAACUUGACGAGUUUGAGUGGCAGCCUUCACUGGUUUCGCCUAUGGGCAUAGUCAGGGUGGACUUGUCUGAUAACUACGCGCUGAGAAAGACAACUUUGAACCGAUUCCUGGAACGAGCCAGGGCAUGGGUCACAAGUGUCUUGAACAUUGCUCCAUUGGAUGUCAAAGGGCUGCUCCAGACCUAUCUCAGUGAAUACGAUGAUGAUGGCGGAUACGGCCAUGUUGCACUGGGUCGUUCGUUCGCCCUGGAAAUGGGAUCCGUCAUCCCGCAAAGUGACCCCCGACUGGGAUCUGUCGACCACGAGAGCACUGACGUUAAUGUUGCAUCUGAUUUUAUGGCGCUGUAUACAACGCGCCAAAAAUAUAGACGUCCCGAUAUGUCCCCAGGGGAAGGGGGCGCCUCUUUGAACUUUGGUCGUAAACCUGGGAUGCAGCUUCUCGCGCCCUCUGCCGGAGAUUUGGAAUACAAGCUUUCCCGUCUUUAUGAACGAAGCCUCGAGGGGAUUGACAUUCCUCUCACUGAAGUCAGAGAUACCCUACGACAAGCCGCCGGCCUCAUUUGUGGUACCAGCAAGCCUCGGCUUUCUGUCAUUCACUAUCUGGUCGCUUUGCCUUUUCAGAUAUUUACCAAAGAUACAAUCAAGCUGGGAGUCUCCCUUUGGCUUGGAGUCAUUCAUGAGAACCCGAGCACGGAGCCACGGAUCCUGACAGAGGUGAUUGAGGCGUGGGAAAGGAGUAUACAGCGCCGGAAAGGGUUGUUUGAUCCAUCGUUUGGAUACAUGGACCCGAUGUAUUCCAAUAUCGAGCUCUCGCCAACAGACAAGGCUCUGAUGUUGCGGAAGCAGCAGAAGGCUCAGAACACGCUUUCGCCACACUUACGUGUUCUCCAGUUCUUUGAAAGCCACUUCAGUGCUAUCCGCCUGGGCAACCUGCAGGACCAGCAGCUGGCCAUUCGCCUAGUCAGCAGCACCGCUGCGGGUCUUUCGAAGAGCAAGGGCCAUCCUCUGGCCAGAGAAGUGCAUUUCCGUAUCGUUCUCUUCGGACUGACAGUAUUGAGGCACCUCACUCCUCGCAACAGCGGUGCGGCCUGGAAGCUCAAGGACCAGAUUCUCUCAGCUGCUCUCGGUUGGUUCAAACACCCGCCACGAUGGUCUUUUGGAGGCAAUCGACUGCAGAUCAAAUCUGAGGAUAAAAUUCUCGGGGACGUUUUGUCUCUGUUGCGCGGCGUGGCAAACAUCGCCGUGAAUGGUCGCGAGUCCUACAAGUCCUUGCAGGCGAAGCAAGAGCUCGUCCAGAUUUUCAUCGAGAAUGAACGAUCACGCCUUCGAGUCUGGCUUUUCCCUCUGGAGCCCGAAAAGAAGCAUGGCAGCGGAAGCAAAAAUGUUGACGGGCUUGCAUCUUUUAUCCGCCUUGCUUGGGCAGAGAAUCCAGGAUUGGCACUCCAGCUCGCUGCUCGUUUUCCCUCCGCAAAGUUGCAGACUGAAGUUCGGUGGUUAAUCCUCAAUUUCCCCGAUAAGGUCAUUGGCGAGCCGUCUGCUCUUGAGAUCAUGUUCGACUCGUCGUUGGCUUCGGACGUUAAUUUCCAGCUGAAGUACCUGUUGUUCUGGGCGCCCGUCAACCCCAUCGAAGCGCUGACUUAUUUCCUGCCUGCUUACGGAAAUCACCCAUUCAUUUUGCAGUAUGCCAUGCGGGCUUUGGAAAGCCAUUCCAUGGAUGUUCGUUUCUAUAUUGUUCCACAGUUGGUCCAGGCCCUCCGGUAUGACGCUUUGGGUUAUGUCGAGCGCUAUAUCCUUGAAACAGCCAAACUAUCUCAAUUGUUCGCACACCAGGUGAUCUGGAAUAUGAAAGCCAACUCUUACAAGGAUGAGGAAUCUCAAGUGCCAGAUCCUCUCAAACCGACACUGGAUCGAUUCAUUGAGACUCUGAUUGGCAGCUUCUCUCUCGAAGAGCGAGAGUUCUAUGAAAGAGAGUUCUCGUUCUUCAACGAGAUCACAGACGUCUCUGGCAAGCUUCGUCCAUAUAUCAAGAGGAGCAAGCCCGAGAAGAAGGAGAAAAUCGAGGAAGAAUUGCGGAAGAUCAAGGUAGAGGUCGGGGUCUAUCUUCCUAGCAACCCUGAUGGCAUCGUUGUGGGCAUUGAUCGCAAAUCGGGCAAGCCGCUCCAGAGUCACGCAAAGGCGCCAUACAUGGCAACUUUCCGAAUCCAGAAAACACGGCCGCUCUUGGAUGCCUCGACCGAUUCCACCACUGGUGUCCAUGGACCCGAGGAAAAACAAUUGAUCGCCAAGUCCUCGGAGUCGAACCAGGAGACCUACGAAAUCUGGCAAUCAGCCAUUUUCAAAGUGGGCGAUGACUGUCGUCAAGACAUGCUCGCCCUGCAGAUGAUCGCGGCUUUCCAAAGCAUCUUCUAUAGCGUUGGCCUGGAUGUCUGGGUCUUCCCGUACCGAGUGACCUCCACGGCACCGGGCUGUGGCGUUAUCGACGUGUUGCCCAAUUCCAUCUCUCGAGACAUGCUUGGACGCGAGGCUGUGAACGGGCUCUACGACUACUUUGUGUCCAAGUACGGCGGAGAGGACUCUAUCCGCUUCCAGGAGGCCCGCACCAACUUCGUCAAGAGUAUGGCGGCGUAUUCAGUCAUUACCUACCUCCUGCAGUUCAAGGACCGUCACAACGGAAAUAUCAUGGUCGACGAUGCAGGGCACAUCAUCCACAUUGACUUCGGCUUCUGUUUCGACAUUGCCCCCGGUGGCGUGCGGUUUGAGCGCGCACCUUUCAAACUGACUUCGGAGAUGGUGGCCGUCAUGAGCGGCACGCAGAGUCCGGCGCACCACGCCAGCGGCGGCCUGCCCAGAGGUGGUCACUCGAAGGACCCAACGAACACGCAGGCCUACAAGUGGUUUGAGUCCUUGGCUGUCAAGGCGUUCCUGGCCUCGCGGCCAUACAGCACCAAGUUGUCGCACAUAGUGGCUCUGAUGCUGGAUAGCGGCCUGCCGUGCUUCAAGCCGGAGACCCUGAAGAACUUCCGUGACCGGUUCGUGCUGGAUAAGAGCGAGAGGGAGGCCGCUGAGUACAUGCGCGAACUCGUCAAGAAGUCGUACAUGAGCGUCUCGACUAAGGGCUACGAUCAGUUCCAGCUGAUGACCAAUGGUAUCCCGUACUAA